CAAUUUUCUCCUUGGUCUGAAUCCAUCACGCUUCACCAGGUGGUUGAUCACAUCGCUGGUCCGCCCCAGCGAGCACAUGGUUAUCAUCCCCGAAUGUCUUGAAUACGAAUCUCUAUUCUCCUUUGCGGCGAUUGCUUCUCCAUUCCGUGACGCUACCUGCGUCGACGACAGCUGCGCCCGACGGAAACCUCGCAGGUGCUUGACUAUGGAAUCGAAGGGAGCAGCGGUCUCCGGGACGCCGUGGGCGAGCCAUAAUACCAAAACUCUCAACACGUCUAGGCUGGUGUCUGCCCCCUGCCUCUUCGAGGAGACUAGGCGGACGGAGAGACCUCAGGGCUGCGCAUACAGCCUGAUGAAAACUUGACCCGCCCGAUAGAUUGGCUCCUCUCGUGGUCAAUCGCAUCUGGCUACAGCCUCGGAUCAUUGGCCGCAAACUGGCGGGAGAAACGAUAAACGUUGAUGUGCUCAAAGGGGAGGCAUGCUUGUGGGUCCUGCAUGGCCUCGAUAUACUCUAAGCGUCCACAAGCGCACGCGACAUCUCCGGAGGAUGAUGAGCUGUUGGCCGUAGCCUACGCCAGAUAUCCCUUCCCAUCCCUCAUCCCCACUUGCUUCGCCUACGCUUUACUCGCCAGUGCUCGCAGGCACGAUCAUAUCAUCUGCAGGGUCGUGACCCACUACACCGCAGCAGCCUGACGGUGGCGGGUUGCCGACACAUCUGCCAACCGAUUGCUCGAUAAAGUGCCAUGAAUGCGUUUUCGCUUGCGGAUCCGACCAAAGGACAUAUCUUUGGUAUAGCGGGGACGAUGGCGUCUGCAUUCGGGCUCAGCAGGUGGGUUCGGGCAAUCGGGUGCCGGAUUCCAAAGAGGAGUGUACUGCUGUCUCCAACAAUGGCUCGGAGAGGAUAGCUGAGUUGUGAGUGCGUCCUGGUGAAGCAGUGCUCGAGAGUCGUCUCCUGGUCCCGAAAAGGAAAUCACCUCCCACCUCUAAAUCAUAGCAUGCCCUUGACUCACCCAAUCUACUGCAGAUGACGAUGCCGUCGGCACUGUGACUCGCAUCAAUCUGCUCAAUUACAACUCGAAUGCGGUCUCCGUUACAAUCGAUCGCUACUCGGAUAGGAAUACAAUACAAUACAUGGCGCAAUCGCGCCUGGGAGAUAGGAUAUGUCAUGUCCGUCGUCGCGGAGGGUGUGCUGGCGACUAAACCAGAUCGACCUGCCAAUGGUUAUCACCUCGACCGGCCUGCCGGCGCAACCCAGCCAACACCGUCCGCCCCAGCAAGUGGUCGACGAUACGCGCACCUCCGCCCUCCGCCGCGAUGCGCUGCUGGGCAUACGGCACAACUUCAGCCGGUGUGGCUCCGCCGUCCGACUUGCGCAGCUCGGCGUGCAGAGUGGUCAGCACGUCCCCGACCGUGACUGGCGCGCCCGCCCUCCCGCGCGAGCGCACCUCGAACUUGGCUUUCAGCAGUCCCGUGUCCACGCGCAAGACCAGCACGUCCGUCGGCGGGGCGCAGGCCUCGGUGUCGAGCAGGGCUUGGUGCGGCCCGAGCUCGAUGCGGAAUGUACGCGACGGGAGGGACAGGUCGAGGUGCAUUUCACUGAGACAUACAUUGAUGGUCGGUUGCGACUCGCUGUCGUCUUCGUCGGAGGAGUCAGGAAGGGGGAUCGGUUGGGAGAUGAGCGGGGUCGGUGGUAUCGCUUCCGCCGGGUUGUAAAUGGGUGGUGGAGAACUCGGGCCGUUCCGAUUUGUGGAGGGCAAGGAAGAUAUCCAGGACGAGCCAGACCCGGCUGAGCUCUGCCGUGUAUGGCCUGCUGUAAACUCUUCGACUGCGGGACUCCAGCGCACUCGUUUGCGGUCUGGGCUCGGCGUCAUUGUCUGGCGGAGGGAAGUGGAUUGCGGUGGUGGGGGUGGAGAGGGAGUGCGAGGGGAAUACAUGCCCUCAUGAACAGCAUACUGCAACUCCCAUCUAGG